GAAUGAUAAGCAAAAAUAAAAUUAGGACAAAAAGGCUACGCCUGUUCUGUCUCUUCUACUUCUCCUCCGUCUUCACCAUUUCGGAAAAAUCUCAAAACUUUCAGACAGAGAAAGAAAGAGGGAGAGAGAUCCUUUGUCCUUACAUUUUCUUUGCACGCUUUCUCAAAACCCUCGGAUCUGUUUAACCUCCAAUUAGGGCACCCCCCUGAACCCUCGAUUUGAAGCAGAUUCAGUGGUUCCCCCACGAGAGAGUCUUCAUCGCAUCGGGGAGAGAGAUAGAGAAGAGGAAUAAGCAUUUCGGUAAAAACCAGUGAUGAAAUAAGAAGUCAUUACAAUCAAAUGAGCCUAGCUGAGGUGUGGAGAUCGAGGGUGAGGCUCUUAACGACGAAGAACAAGGGGGCGUUAUGGAAAUGGAGAUCUUACUCGGGUCAGCCGAAAAGAAGCGUAAUGUGGACAUGGGUUUGUGGGUUCAUGCUUUUCACCUUAGGUGUCAUCUCACUCUUCACCGGUCAUGUUGUCUCCCACCUCGAGUGGUACUCUCAGCAAUUAACCAAACGGAGCUUACUGGAUAUGAGCCGUAGGGAACCAAUUGAUGUAUGGAAGUCCAAGUAUUCCAAGUUCUUCUAUGGAUGCAGUGAAAGAGGAAGGAACUUCCCACCUGCUGUCCAGGAGCACCAGUCCAAUGGGUAUUUGCUGAUUGCGGCUAGUGGAGGUCUGAACCAGCAAAGAACAGGAAUAACAGAUGCGGUGGUUGUUGCACGGAUUCUUAAUGCUACUUUAGUUGUACCUGAGUUGGAUCACCAUUCUUAUUGGAAAGAUGACAGUGACUUCAAUGAUGUUUUUGAUGUGAACUGGUUCAUCUCUUCCCUCACAAAAGACGUGACUAUAGUAAAGAGAGUUCCCGACAGAGUCAUGAGGUCGAUGGAGAAACCUCCUUAUACCAUGCGCGUGCCUCGAAAGUCUACUCCUGAGUAUUAUCUCGACCAAGUACUGCCGAUUCUCUCCAGGAGACAUGUUUUACAAUUGACAAAGUUCGACUACAGACUAGCAAAUGAUCUAGACGAAGACAUGCAAAAGUUGCGUUGCAGGGUCAACUAUCACGCCUUAAGAUUCACAAAGCGCAUUCAAUCAGUUGGAAUGAAAGUGGUCAAGAGGAUGCGAAAGAUGGCCAAACGUUUUAUUGCUGUCCACUUGAGGUUUGAGCCUGACAUGCUAGCCUUUUCCGGUUGUGACUUUGGCGGGGGUGAAAAAGAGCGAGCUGAGCUUGCAGAAAUAAGAAAGCGAUGGGAUACAUUGCCUGAUCUGGACCCUCUGGAGGAAAGAAAGCGUGGGAAAUGCCCUCUCACCCCUCAUGAAGUAGGCUUAAUGCUGCGCGCUCUCGGUUUCGCCAAUGACACGUACAUCUACGUUGCGUCCGGAGAGAUAUACGGUGGUGAGAAGACGCUGAGACCACUCAGGGAGCUGUUUCCGAACUUCUACACCAAGGAAAUGCUUGCCAAUGAUGAGCUCAAGCCUCUGCUUCCCUUUUCUUCACGCCUUGCCGCCAUUGACUACAUAGUCAGCGACGAAAGUGAUGUCUUCAUCACUAAUAAUAAUGGAAACAUGGCCAAGAUUCUUGCUGGCCGAAGGAGGUACAUGGGGCACAAGAGGACCAUCAGGCCGAAUGCAAAGAAGCUCAGUGCAUUGUUCAUGGACCGUGAAAAGAUGGAGUGGCACACUUUCGCCAAGAAAGUGAAAUCUUGUCAGCGAGGAUUCAUGGGUGAUCCUGAUGAGUUCAAACCAGGACGCGGUGAGUUCCAUGAGUACCCGCAGGCUUGCGUUUGUCAGAGACCCUUCUCUUACGACAAAGUCUCAAAGGAAGAUGAAGGAGAAGAAGACAACAUACCAGAAGAGGUCCACAACAACACCAGCCAUGGACAUUUGUCUUCAGCAGACAAUGAGCGCGACGAAGUUUUCCCAGACUAGUAAAAUGGUUCUUUCUGCUGCAUCAAGUGCAGGUUACUGGAUUUUAAAGAAACCAGCUGUUGUAAGGAGACUGAUCAACACAUGUAGAGGAGAGAGAGGUAUAGGCUUAGCUACUUGUUUCUGAAAGUGUUUAUAGAUACUUCUAUCUAAUAGGCAUACAUAACACCCACCUCUAAGUUGGUUUCUUUCCGAGUCUGAAACACCACCUACCUAUAAACUAUCUCCUGUCUUGUAUUUUAUCUUUAUUAUAGUUACCUUAAUUCUAGUUUCUUUUUUUUGGCUCCUAAACAGACUGUUUCUUUCUUUUUUUUCUGUAUUCCUUAGAUUUCUCAAGUGUAAAAUCAAAGUUAUUUCAUCUGAUUCUUUACAUCUUUCGGUUUUUAUUUCA